UAUCAUGUGGUCCCACAUGGAGUAAUUCUCUUACUCGUAAUUACAACUUUUGGACUUUUCGAUUUGAUAGAAUGGCGAUUCCUUCGGGAUACAGAGUUCUCGAACUCCUUCAAUGGAUCAUGAUCAUCCGCAUUGCCCAAGCCGUCGGCGCACUCGUCACCUUCAGCGUCAUGUGCUACGGCGAGUCCAUCUACUCCUUUGACGGCGACGGCCUGAUGCUCUUCACACUCAGGAGUCCCUCACUCUUCCUUCUCCUCAUAUUAACGCGAAGUCAGGGCCUAGCAACAUUCAUAAUCCUCGCCUACAUUCUUGUAUCGGAGUUCUUCUUCUAACAAGCAUACAACUCCUGGGCUGUCUUAGCCGUCGAAUGUUUCGCCCUCCUCUUCUGGCUCGUGUCUUUCGCCCUCCUGGCUUCUGAGGUCAAUGGAACUGGCUUUUGGUGGUGGGGAUAUAGCUGUUGGAUUGUUUUACUGCUACAAGCGGCCUCUGGCGAAGAGGACGGAUACCUUCUACAAAUCUAUGGCGGCUGCCGCCGGGCUUGGUGGACUCG